AUGAUAUUUUGGACUGAUGAUAAAUAUGCAAGCCCUCAAAAGGACAUAAAAUCCCAACAUGCUCUUCAGAGGUCCCAAACCAAGCUAUGACUUUCUUCUGAAGUCCCACACCAUAUAUUAAAAGAACACAGAAAUAGAUGAGACAUUUUUUCUUAUUUUUUUCCCACCCCAGAACUUGACUGGAUCUCAAAAGUACAUGUGAAUCAACCUGCAGUUGUGAGGCAUGCAGAAUGGAUUAAAAAAUGGAGAACUGUGGAAGGUAAUUGGCGAGCUGCUUGGCUGCUGAAAGCUGUCACCUGCAUAGACCUUACCACUCUUUCAGGCGAUGAUACUCCUUCAAAUGUUCACAGACUGUGCUUUAAAGCAAAACAUCCCAUCAGAGAGGAUCUGUUGAAAGCCUUGGAUAUGCAUGAUAAAGGUAUUACUGUCGGAGCAGUUUGCGUAUAUCCCGCAAGAGUCACCGAUGCUGUUAAUACCUUAAAGGCUGCUGGUUGUAACAUACCCGUAGCUUCAGUGGCUGCUGGGUUUCCAUCUGGACAAACUCCUCUAGAAACCAAACUGGCUGAAAUAAAGCUAGCUGUGGAAUAUGGUGCCAGAGAGAUUGACAUUGUCAUUAGCAGGAGUCUGGUGCUGACUGGCCAGUGGGAAGGUCUCUACAAGGAGAUCCGUCAGUGCCGUGAGGCCUGUGGAGAAGCUCAUAUGAAAACAAUCUUGGCAACAGGUGAACUGGGGUCCCUUGCUAAUGUCUACAAAGCCAGUAUGAUAGCUAUGAUGGCAGGUUCUGAUUUUAUAAAGACAUCUACAGGAAAGGAGGUGGAAAACGCAACCUUUCCAGUCGGAGUAGUCAUGAUGCGAGCCAUUAAAGAAUUCUAUUGGAAAACAGGCAACAAGGUUGGAUUUAAACCUGCGGGGGGCAUUCGGACGGCAAAAGAUGCUAUUACUUGGCUUAUGCUGGUGAAGGAGGAAUUGGGAGUGGAAUGGCUAACACCAGAGCUCUUCCGCCUGGGUGCCAGUAGUUUGCUGGAAGACAUUGAGAAACAGAUAUUCUAUCAUGUGACUGGCUCUUAU